GUGUUUCAUUGUGGCCGUGCAGUUUUGUUUGGAGAAUGGACUGAGCAUGCCACCUUAUUUUGGUGAUUAAUGCUUAAUAUCAAGUAAUUAGCUACGAAAUAUUUAUUUAUGAUAUUUUGACAGCAGAUAUGUAAAGCGGAGGAUGUAAACGGUAACCAACAUCAUACAGCUGAAGACAUUCCUUUCAAACUCAGAAAAUAAAAAUGGCUUUUAGGAGAGAUCGAAACCUCAGAGAUAUUUAUGAGGAACGGUUUCCUCCAGAAAGAGGGGGUCCAUUUCCAAGAGGGGGCCAAGGAGAAAGGAGACCUCCCUUCGGGCGGCCGGAUGAGGAAUAUGGCCGUGGUUUUGAUUAUGAUGGCCCUCGGUUUUACCCGAAUGGUGCCCCUUGUAACUACCCUAGAGAAGAUCAAAGGGGUUAUCAUGGAGACCGCCAUCACUCAUUUCAAAAUGAGCACAGGGGUGGGCCACCUUCUCGAAGGGAAGACUUCCCAUACUACAGAGGCCCGAGAGAGGACCCCCAUGCUGGCCGUCAUAUGGACUUUAGACAGGGCAAUCGAGCAUGUCCUCCCUCAAACGCUCGAGCCCAGGGUUCUUACCCAGCACCCAAGUCUCUUUCUACAGUGGGCCCUGAUGCUGGAGAUGACACCCUAGUGCAAGCCAUAAUGAACCUGGAUCAGGGGGAUGAGCGAGACAACUUGAGACGAAAGGCUCCUUUUCCUCCAGUACGUGAGCGUUCUCCAGUUCGGCGUGACAUCCCCCCUUCCCCCCACAGUCGGGGGUCCAGCAUCAGCAGCCGCAGCUACUCGCCAGAGCGGGGCAAAGCGCACCCCUUCCCGCCCCAGCAGGGGAAAAACAAGGAAAGGCCCCCCGGCCCCUCCGUAAGUGCAUCACAGGACGGAUCGCCUCAUAGUUCCGUAUCAGCCUCUAAGGAGGACAUGCCAUUGGUGGAAGGGCCCUCAGAGGAAGCUCGGCCCGCUAUAGAUGAAACCGCCUCCGUCAUGGAUGACUUUCAGGAGCGACGAGCUCAAGCUGUUGCUGCAAAGGCUCAAGAAAUUGAGAAGGUGUACCGUCAGGACUGCGAGACGUUCGGCAUGGUGGUGAAGAUGCUGAUGGCCAAGGAUCCCAGCUUGGAGAAACACCUGCAGAACCCUCUAAAAGAGAAUCUGACUGAGAUCCGUGAGCGAUGCCUCGAGGACCUUCAACACUUCAUUGCUGAACUCGAUGAGGUCAUACGUCAGCCUGAACCUGCUGUCUGAGGUGAUACCAUUUCACUCGACCUGCAGUUUUGAUUUUGUAAACUCUGAACCCACACAAGCCCCUCAUUAUUUUUGAUUUAAUACAUUUAAGACCCUGGACUUUGUACGUUGAGAACUCUGACUCUACCUAAAAUAAAUCCUCCUGGUCUGAAAGGAUGUGGGACAUGGAAAUGUCUGUAUUUUUUUUCGAUUAUGCAGUCCCAUUUAUCCUUUGUUAAUAGUUGAAGGUGGAUUUACUUUAGAAUCCCUUUGUAACCUUUCAACAUAACGAGUAAUAAAGAAAUUAAACAACGAAGAUACAAGGAAAGCAAUGCCAGAAUAGAGGGCUUGCUCGUUUCCUUAUUUCAAAGACUUAAGAGAUUUAUUAACCCUGAGUCUAGUUUAUGUACUAGAUGUUGGUUGUUCUGAUCAAGUCUGUAUAACUCUAAAGGGUUUUGUGUUGUUGCCAAUGAAAUCACAUAUAUUUGCAUACAUUCUUUCAGACCAAUGACAAAUGUUUCACGAAUUAUGGUGAGUAAUGUUUAUGGGUUCAGCUAAUUGCUGCUAUCUAUAAAACUACAAAGCUGUGCAUCUAACAAUGAUACAUUUUUGUCUUUCUUUUUUUUUUCAAAUACAUUUUUCCAGUCUUGAUAUAAAAAUAAACAAGUAUUUGUGUAGCUUUUCCUUUGUUUAGUAUUAUAAAGAGUCUUGAGCCUUCCGUAUAAAUGCAUGUAUUUUCUUUUUGAAUAAAUAAACCGUUUU